UUAAUUCAAAAUUUUAUGCCUUCUGAUAAAAAAAAAUUACAUAAAUAUGGAAACUGAAUAAUAUCACGCAUCAAUCAAUGUCAGGCAAUUGAUAAGAAAAUAAAUUGCAAUAAAGAUAUAACGAUGGAUAAGUUCGAUACAGAUUUAGACAAUCUAAGUCUAUCAGAUACAAAUUCAUCCUCUUCGAGUCCAGAAAACUUCGAAGCUAAUCAACCGUUUGUAUUAGAACUCCAUGAUAUAAUAAGAGAUGAACCAAGAACUGAAGCAGUAACACCAGCUGGUAAAAUUAAGAAGAAGAAGAAAAAGAGAAGUCAGUUAGAUACUAACACAAUAGACUCUACUUCAUCAAGUGUUCUCUCUGAUUCACUUCCUAGAUUAACAGACACAGUCGAUAGAGAUAAAUUCUAUGACGCUGACGAAAGUUAUCACGAAUUGGCAGAUGGCAUCAGCACAGACGCUAAUAGCGUCUUACCAUUAGCCCAAGCCUCUUCUAAACAUAGCCAAGAUCAAACAUUACUCACGGAGCAAUCCCAAUCGCAGCGCUCAUCAGCUUCUCUUGGGGAAUCGUUAUCAAUUAUUACAAAACCGUCUUUACCACCCUAAUAAGUAAAUGCAGAAGAUACAGAAUGAAAUAAUAUGAAUAAGACUCCCACGAAGUACAAACUUUAGAAGAACAUAAUACAUACUUUUUAAAAAAACUAUUAAUAAAAACAAAUAUUAU